AUGAGUGGAACAGAUGAAGGGUAUGUAUGAUAUUGAUUUUUGAGUAGAAGCCAAGAAGACUCUGAUGAUUAAUAAUUUGUCAAGACCUCCGUUAAUAUGAGUUUAUCAGAAAGACUUAAAUAAUAGGCUCUGGAUGUUAAUAGGAUGUUAAAUUAACUAGAAAAAGACUUUGCAGAAGAGGAUUGUCAAACUUAUUAUAUUUUGAGCAAGAAGUAUUUAAAUACAUUAAAUAACUUAGUUGGUUUGACAAAUGGAAAUAGUAUGUUAAUUAUGACAAUGUGGUGAAUAAUUAAAGUGUUCCCAAUACUUCUGGAUAAAUGAUGCCUCAAAAUUUCAAUCAUGAUCUUAUUGAACAAUAUGUCAAUGAGUGUUUCAAAUAUUACCCUCUUAGUACAAACCCUUGGAAUUUAUGGUUGAGACCAAAUCUUGAAGAAGGUGUACAUUAUAUUGUAAUUUCGCAAUAACUUUCAUCCUAUUUUAAUAAACAUUAUAGAGGCACUAAUAUUAUCAGAAAUGCAAUAGGUAAAGGCAAAGAAAAGAAAGUUGUUGUUAAUUUGUUGAAGGUAUGAAGUAUCUUCUUACAAGAAUAGUUUAAUGCAAUUUUAAUGAUUCCUAAUAUUGUCAAUCAAAUUGCUUAAGACAAUCUCAUUUAAUUAGAUAAAGAGUAUUUGUAAGUUGAUGAGAACACAAAUCUUCAAGAUUAUUAUUCUACUAUUUUGAAAACUGUACCCACUUUUAGAGGUAAUUAUAAUAGUCAAAAUGGUGUUCGUAUUUGGAGAUAUACUAAUGAUACAGAUCCUCAUAAAGUUCUCUUUUCUGAAAUAAAAAAAUAAGUUGAAGAUCUUGAUUUUAAUGAUGAUUUGGUCUUUAAUUUUACAGGUUCCCCUGUUUAAAUUUCAUCAGACAUCACAUUUAAAUCAUUAAAUUUGAUUGAUAAAGAUAUUAUCAUUAUUGAAGUAUUUUCAAUAUACUUAUGUAGUUUUAAUAAUUAAACAGACCAUGGUGUAUCAGACACCCUUCUGUUCCUGUUGAAGGAAAGUGUGAGGGAUGUUCAAAUAUUACUGUACUUAACUUUAUUUGUGUCUGCAAAAAGGUUUCAUAUUGUACAGAAUAAUGCAAAAUUAAUGAUGAGCGAUUCCAUCUUUCAAAAUGUGAUCGUCUAGGAUCUGAUGAUGAAUAAGUUAAAUCUAUUGAAUUAUCUGAUAAAUCAGUAAAAGGAGUUGCUGGAUUAUCUAAUUUAGGUAAUACUUGUUUCAUGAACAGUGGUACUUAAUGUCUAUCAAAUACUUAUUCAUUAACAGAAUAUUUUUUAUCUAAUAAGUAUUUUGAAGAAAUUAAUGAAGAUAAUCCAUUAGGAACUAAAGGAUAAUUAGUUAGAAAAUUUGGAUCAUUACUUAAAAAAUUAUGGUGUGGUGAUAAAAACAUUGUAAUACCAACAAGUUUUAAGAAAGCUGUAGGUUAAUUCUAACCAAUGUUUAAAGGAUUCUAAUAACAUGAUUCUUCAGAAUUAAUUACAUUUUUAUUAGAUGGAUUACAUGAAGAUUUAAAUAGAGUUAAAAAGAAACCUUAUGUUGAAUCUAAAGAUUAUUAAGGUAGACCUGAUGUUGAAGUUGCAAAAGAAAGUUGGGAAAAUCAUUUGGCUAGAAAUCAAUCUAUUAUAGUUGAUUUAAUGCAUGGUCAAUAUAAAUCAACUUUGAAAUGUCCUAAUUGUUCAUAAAUUUCAAUUACUUUUGAUCCAUUCUUAACUGUAGGAUUAGGUAUACCAAAUAAUAAAUAAAAAUCCAUUUAAAUUAAAGUUAUUAAAUCUGUAGUCUCUAUAGAAACUAAAUAUAUUAAUUUUGAUGGUUCUAAAAAGAAUAUAUCUCUUUAAGAAUUUAUAAAUGAAUAUGUAAUGAAUCAAUUUAAAAUUGAUCCUGAUAGUGAAUUAAUGUAUUAUUCUUAUGUAAUGAAUGAUAUAUCUGAUCCAAUAAAUCCUAGUUAAGAAAUUAAUACAGUUAGAAAGAACUCAAAGAGAGGAUGCUUAGUAGUCAAAGUAUUAAGUCAAGAAGAAAAACUUAUAGCAAAUGAUGAACGUGUCUAUUUGAGUUAUGUUUAAAAAGCUUAUGAUUCUUAUGGACACAAUUUCAAAAAAACAAUACAACCUUAAACUUAUUUAAUAAUAAAAAAGGAAUACACUUUAGCUUAGAUUCAUUUAAGAAUAUUUCAGUCUUUAUUACCUAUUUUCUGUGAUUUGGUAAAAGAGGAUGAAGUAAAUACAGAAGAGAAAUUGAGAGAAUAUUAUGAAUAGAAUAUUCAUGGAAAAGUAAAUUAUAUAAACUUAUACAUUUAUAGUAUUACACACUUAAUCAUAAAUAGAACAUAAUGUUAAUGUAAAAGAAAUGUAUUUUCUGUAAUGCUAAAAAUUGUUCUGAAUGUGAAGUUAGUUAUUAUACAGAAGAUACAUUUGAUACAAUUUAAUAAAAAUAAAUGGUUAAUCCUAAUGAUUUGAUGUAAAAGAUAGAAUUAUUAGUAUUUUGGAAUAAAAGUCCAUUUCAAAAUAUUAAUACUGGAGAUAUAUAUUAAUAUUAUUCAAAUCAAUAAUAUAGGAAAUAAAUUGAAGGUAUUUAAUAAUAUAAAUUAUAGAGGAGAAUAAUAAUAAUAAUGUAGAUGAUGAGAAUAAUGGGAAAGGAAGAAUUAUUGGAAAAAAUUAUUCAACUUCAUAUUUGAUGAAUUCAUAACCCAAAGUUACACUACAAGAAUGUUUAAGAUUUUCUGAACAACCUGAAUAAUUGGCUGAAGAUAAUGCUUGGUAUUGUAAGGUAUGUAAGGAUCAUGUACAAGCCUAUAAAAGUAUGUAGAUUUAUAAGGUAUUAAAUUAUUUAUAUUUUUUAGGCUUCAGAUAUUUUAAUUUUUACUCUAAAGAGAUUCAAGGCAUCUCAUGGGUUUUUCAAAUAAAAAUUAGAGACAUUUGUUGAAUUCCCAGUUAAAGGAUUAGAUUUAACAGAAUUUAUAUUAAAUUAGAAUAAACCUCAUGAGAAUUUUUAGAUAGAGGAAGAGUAGAAAAAAUUAAUAUAUGAUUUAUAUGCAGUUUCAAAUCAUUUUGGUGGUAUGGGUGGUGGACAUUAUACUGCAUUUGCUAAGAAUCAUGUAUGAAAAUAUGAUUAUUAUUAAUAGUUCAAUGGAUAAUGGUAUAAUUUUGAUGAUUCUUAAGUAAGUGAAUUGAAUGAGGAUUAGAUUGUAACUAAAAGUGCUUAUGUUUUGUUUUAUAAGCGUAGAAUUGAAUUAGAGUAGACUUAAACAUUAAAUACAUAGGAGUUAAAUUGA